AUGAAGUUCACCCUCCCCAUCGCCCUCCUGGCCGCCGCGGUCUCGGUAGACGCCGCGGCCGUCGCCGACCAGGACAGGCGCUACUGCUCGGCCGAGGGCCAGGCAUGCGACACAGUCAAGCGGGCGGCCGAGGCCUUCUCGGGCGCCAUCCAGCAAAACACCAACCUCGUGACGCGCGACGAGACCCAGGGCGAGACCGCCUGGAUCGCCCGGCGCCAGCUGCACGAGCUGGCCCUGGCCAUCGCCGCCAGCCACGACGACCCGGCCGCCUUCUACAGCGCGCUCGGCUUCCAGGGGGCCACGCCGACCGACGACGCCGGCACCGACAACCCGACCGAGAAGCGCGAGGCCGAGCCCUGGUGCACCCAGUUCCUGGGCAUGCCCUGCUGGAAGCGCAACACCACGCCCGCGCCGGACAAGGUCAAGCGCGAGGCCGAGCCGUGGUGCAAGCAGUUCCUCGGCAUGCCGUGCUGGAAGCGCGACGACGCCCCCAGCCACCACAGCCCCGGCGCCGAGAAGAAGCGCGAGGCCGACGCCGAGCCCUGGUGCACCCAGUUCCUGGGCCAGCCCUGCUGGAAGCGCACCUCGCCCGCCGGCGCCACCACUGACGUCGACAAGCGCGACGCCGAGGCCGACGCCGCCCCCUGGUGCAAGCAGUUCCUGGGCAUGCCGUGCUGGAAGCGCGACGCCGACCCGGGCUGGUGCCGCCAGUUCCUGGGCAUGCCGUGCUGGAAGCGCGACGACGAGACCAGCGGCGUGGAGAAGCGCGAGGCCGAGGCCGAGGCCGCGGCCGAGCCCGACCGGUUCUGCACGCGGUUCACGGGGUCCUCGUGCUGGAAGCGCGACGGCGGCGCCGUGGCGGCCGACGAGGUCAAGCGCUGCUCGACCGAGGGCCAGGCGUGCUGGAAGGCCAAGCGGGCCGCCGCCGCCGUCAUCAACGCCAUCGACCAGGGCAACGCCCAGAAGAUGGCCCGCGACGCCGACCCGGGCUGGUGCCGCCAGUUCCUCGGCAUGCCGUGCUGGAAGCGCGCCGCCACCUGCAACGGCCCCGCCGGCGUCUGCACCAAGGCCACCCGCGACCUGCACGCCAUGUACAACGCGGCACGCACCAUCAUCGAGGCUUAG